AGGCCGAUGCCUAUGUAAUUGAUAUGCGAGACUUUGACGUAAUCUUGGGCAUGGACUGGCUCAUCCGUUACCGAGCCGAUAUCCGGUGCCAGGAGCGCGAAGUCACCCUCUAUCCGGUUUCUGAUCAGCCUGUUGUGUUCUUUGGGGUGAGUUUGAGGACUAUGCCUCGGGUCAUCUCUUCUAUGCAAGCUAGGAAGAGCCUUUCCAAGGGUAGCU